AUGGUCGAAGGGACUCUCACAGAUCCGGAGACAAAUAAGCAAGGGAUGCAGGUGAUGGGAAGACCUCCGGAUAAGACGGGGAUGGGGUUGGUAGAUCAUGAUGCGAUGGAGAUGGAGACGAGUGGAGACCCAACGGGGGGCGAAGAGCACCCUCUUUAUAGGAGCUUUGCACAUGUUGAUCCAGACACAGAGACCACACAUCAUAGCAUUGCUAGAACCUCACAAAGUGGUGAAACGGCUGAUAGAACCAUUAGAAAGAUCGGAUACCAGAAUGCUCAUAGAGUGGAAGCAACAGGGUUUUCGGGAGGAAUUUGGUUGUUGUGGAAUGAUUUUUGGAAGGUCGAUAUAAUAUCAACAACGACUCAAUUCAUUCACUGUCGAGUCUGGGACCAAAAUGAGACAAACUUUCUGUUCACUGCUGUAUAUGCACAUCCAACUCCUAGCCGGCGGGAAGAAUUAUGGCACCGACUAGCUGAACUUCAGAUAGACAGUACGCUACCAUGGGUGCUUUUGGGUGAUUUCAACUCUAUUGUACAGAGCUCAGAACGAAUGGGAGGCUCGACAAAUCGGACAGGGGUGAAUCACCAAUUUGUGCGAUGGAUUAUUAAUUCCAGGCUUAUGGAUCUUGGAUUUUUAGGGCCGAGAUUUACUUGGAAAAGAGGAAACCUUUAUGAACGACUGGACAGGGGACUUUGUAACACUGAUUGGAGAUUGGCCUACCCAGAGGCUUCAGUCUCACAUUUGAUACGUUAUCAAUCGGAUCAUAGACCUCUCCUUUUGGAUCUUUGCAGCUUCUCACCCAUUAGGGCUCCUAGACCAUUUCGUUUUCUUAGAGCUUGGAUGUCCCAUGAAAAGUAUGAUGAUUUUGUGAUGGAUAAUUGGGAUAGAAAUCAGGAUUUAAUGGAUAAUAUUCAGUCAUUUACAGAGAAGCUGCAGGUGUGGAACAGGGAAGUAUUUGGCAAUAUAUUCUGGCAGAAGAAACACUUAUGGGCUCGCAUCGCAGGUAUCCAACGAGUUCUAGAGCAUCGAUGCAUCCCACAUUUUGUAGAACUUGAGGCAGAGUUAAAGCAGGAAUUGGAUAAAAUCUUGUUGCGAGAGGAAUCUUUGUGGCAUCAGAAGUCACGCAGUGAGUGGCUUCAUCUAGGUGACAGAAACACCUCAUUCUUUCAUUUGCGCACUAUUAGGAGACGGAAGCGCAAUAGGAUAAAAAAACUCCAAAAUGAACUUGGUGAGUGGAUUGAUGAUCAAAAUUUACUUAAGGCAAUGGCAGUGUCAUUUUAUGAGAGGUUGUAUGAUGAGGAUGAGCUACACCGGCCUUUAUAUGUACAUCGAGGUCUUUUUCCGCCCCUAAGUAAUUUGCAGAUGGAGGAGGUCCAAAAGCCUUUUCGCUUUGAAGCCUUGGAAGGCCCCGGGAGUUGA